AGAAGUGGUUGUUUCGUCGGUUUGUGCCGUGAAGCCUAAGUUUAUAAAUUGACCAGACACACCUGCCUCGUUCGUGACUUGGCUAGGCAAAGCCAACUAGUAAAAUCAACUCUGAUUUUUUUCCUAGCAACUUUUUUCAUUCUAUAAAAGGCCUUAUUCAGCAGAGUAAUAAGCCACGUACCACAAUCAACCUUCAUCUUUUCUCUUCUCUGUUUUUCCACUCCUUCUCCACACCCCUCCCUUUUAUUUCCAAUAUUAUUCUGCCUAAGCAGUUUCUUCCAAAUUUCCUUUUACAUUUUCCAAUUUCUUUAUUCUAUCAAAAGGGUUAAUUUGAAUUUUGAAGGAAAGGAAGAUAGAUAUGAUGACGAACCAAAAUGUGGUGACUCAUGAGGUUAUUAACACGCUGAUUGCCAUGGCAGCUUCCAUUUCAAACUCAACCGUGUUGCCAAGUGCAACAGUACCAGAAUCCAUGGCUGUGCUUGGUGGGUUUUGGGGGCUGCCCCAUAAUAAAAAUCUUGUGAAAAGAUUGGAAGGAGCCAAAGUUAGUGCAUGGAUUGAUUCAAUGAGAGCUUCUUCCCCAACUCGUGCCAAAUCAGAAAGCCAAGAAAAAAGAUCUUGGAUUCUUUAUCACCCUUCAGCUCUGAACACCUUUGAACAGAUAGUAUAUAGUGCCAAAGGAAAGCAAAUUGUAGUUUUUCUUGACUACGAUGGAACUCUCUCUCCAAUUGUUGCAGAUCCGAAUAAGGCUUUCAUGACUAGAAAGAUGAGAGCAACACUAAAGGGUAUUGCAAGACAUUUUCCCACAGCAAUCGUGACUGGAAGGUGCAGAGACAAGGUAUAUAACUUUGUAAAAUUGGCAGAACUUUACUAUGCGGGAAGCCAUGGCAUGGACAUCACUGGUCCAACAAAAAGUCCAAAGCAAGGUAAUAAUAAUAAUAAAGCAGUGCUGUUCCAACCCGCGAGUCAAUUCCUGCCAAUGAUCGAUGAGGUGUACAAGAUCUUGUUAGAAAAAACGAAGACUGUCCCAGGGGCUAAGGUUGAGAACAAUAAGUUUUGCUUGUCCGUGCACUUUCGUUGUGUAGACGAAAAGAGUUGGGCAGCGUUGGCGGAGAAAGUUAGAUUGGUGCUCAUUGAGUAUCCACAACUUAGGCUAACCCAAGGGAGAAAAGUGCUAGAGAUCCGUCCAACCAUCAAAUGGGACAAGGGCAAGGCUCUUGAAUUUUUGUUAGAAUCAUUAGGGUACGAGAAUUCGAAUGAUGUAUUUCCAAUCUAUAUUGGUGAUGAUCGAACUGAUGAGGAUGCUUUUAGGGUAACAAAUGCUGCCACGCCUAGCUUGCUAGUUUUGCGCAGUAGGGGUCAAGGAAUUGGGAUUCUCGUUUCUAGAGUUGCAAAAGAAACAGAUGCUUCCUAUUCCUUGCAAGAUCCAUCAGAGGUUGAGCAAUUCUUGCGGCGUUUGGUGGAGUGGAAAAGAUCGAGUACUGUGACUCCCGCAAGUGUAUAGAGUUUGUAGGAUGGAUGUAGAUGAUCAGUUCAAAGAAUUGACACCACCACCUUAGAAUGGUGAAGGGGUGAUCGAAUUUUAUCACUUUUUUUUUCUUGUUGAUAAUGGAAAUAGCAUUAUUCCAUUAUUAUUAUUAUUAUUAUUAAAUUUUUAAGGACAAAGUCCGAACAAAUAGAUUCCUACACACGUUUGCAUGCGCAUGCGGAUAGUGAAAGGCAGAUGUUUUAUGCCGCAGUUGCAAAUGGCCCCCGUCAACUUUGUUGCCAUGAAUUGUACUUAUCGUACAUGUGGCCAAUAUAUAUACUGAAAAAGAUAACUACAAUUGAUCUCCAACUUCAAAAGCCGAUUUAGACAUUCAGAAAUACUAGUAAAUUAAAUGAGUUAGUUUAGACAUUUUAAUGCGGUAAUAAUCCUUACAAACAUUUCAUAUUAGUGAUCAUUCAAUUCAUUUGAUCCCCCUCAUCGAUGGUUUUCCUUGA